UACAAAUCUAUUAUCUCCGAGUUGGCAUGAGAGGCAUGUCGAGAGGUUUUGGUAAUGGGUUCAAAGUGCAUAGCUAUAAUUGUGCUUGCCUGGUAACUCCGUUUCACCCAUUUUCAUGUUUCAUUUUUAGCUAUUUUAUAUUCAUCGUGUUCUCUCUGAGUCUAUGUUUCCAAUUAAAUAUAACUCGAAUUGGGUUGAAGUAUCCUCUUCUAUUGACUAACAUGUCUAUAAGUGUGUAAACAAUUCGAGAAACUAUAAACUCUUUUUUAUGCUUUUUGCUUUAACUUAUAUUGUCUCCUAUCAUAACGUUGUUGGAAUAAUCUUGAUGUCUCGGGUCUGUUUGGGAGAGUACAAGUCAGGAGGGUUUGAAUCAAUGGCAACUUGGUACGGUUCACCUUGAGUUUGGAAGGAGUCUUGAGUUGACUGAAUCAAGUGGAGAUUGAUAAGUAGGAUUUAUGGUUUUACUUAAAUAUGGAUUUAUUUUCUUGAUACAGAAGUUGCUGGUAAUGCAAAUUUCUUUCUGAACAUAUAGCAGGAUUAAAGCUCUCAAGUCUCAUGUGUGUGUUAGUUUUGAGUGAUUUCAUUGGGGCCUGGACAACUAACCUGCUACAGCUGUAGUGUGCUCAGAAUUAGAUAUGAUGCUCUUCAAGAAUGAGUUCCUUUUGAUUUUCUUCUUUAUAGAAUUUUUAAAUCACACACUUCACAUAUAUUUAAUUAUAUAUUUCUGUUCACUUGAAGUUUUGACAAAUUUUUUUUGUUCCAAGUCAUUUAUAAUGCAUUAACUAGAAAACAAAUUAGCCCCGGUGCAACGCACGGGUUUCACCUAGCUUGUUAAUAUGUUGAAGCGGCAUGGUAGGAUCAGUGGUAAACAGAGGUUAUAGGUUCGAUCCUCAUCCCAUACAAAGGUUGGAGGGCUUUUCUACCAUUUAGGUAGAAACUGUCUACUUAGGUAGAGGACAUUUGAACGAUAUGAACUUAUUAUGAAGUAUAUUGCACAUGCCAAGUCCAAUUGAAUAAAAACUCUAUUUGGCCCAAAGUAAGUAUUGCACUAGUCACUUCAGUCAACGAACACGGUGGUGAUGGAGGUGAUACGACGGCUGUCAAAACCACUCGCCGGCGAAUACUUGAGGCAAACCCUAAUCAAUACAUCUCAGAUUAAGCCCAUUCUAAAACCAAGAAUUUUCUCUUCUUCAUCAUCUUCUUAUUCUACUCAAGUAGGCUGGUUUAAUGGGUUGGGAAAGAAAAAAAAGAUUAUUAGUUUACCAUCUAUUGUGCAAGCCGGUGACCCGGUUCUUCAUGAACCCGCCCAAGAAGUCAUGGUUGGAGAAAUCGGGUCGGAGCGUAUCCAGAAGAUAAUUGAUGAUAUGAUUCAAGUUAUGAGAAGACGACCCGGGGUUGGCCUUGCUACUCCCCAAAUUGGUAUUCCUUUAAAAAUUAUUGUAGUGGAGGAUACUAAAGAAUACAUAGCACAAGAACCAGAAGAAGAGACCAAGGCACAUGACAGGCAUCCUUUUGAUCUUAUGGUUAUUUUGAACCCAAAACUUAGAAAAAAGAGCAACAAGUCAGCAUUGUUUUUUGAAGGCUGUUUAAGUGUUGAUGGAUACAAAGCAUUGGUUGAAAGGUUUCUUGAGGUAGAGGUUAGGGGGUUGGAUCGAGAUGGGAAGCCCAUGAAGGUGAAUGCUAGUGGGUGGCAGGCUCGUAUUUUACAACACGAAUGUGAUCAUUUAGAGGGAACUCUGUAUGUUGACAAGAUGGUGAAACGAACAUUCAGGACCGUUGAGAACGUGGACUUGCCUCUUGUUAGUAGUUGUCCUAAGCAGGGUGUUCGCUAGCAUUAUGGUUUCAAGGUCUAUUCGGUAUGAGUACUAGACUACCAGUUAUGAUCACUUUGCCAAGAAUACUUUAGAAGAUUUAUCAUCUUUUAGUCGGGAAAUUAUAGUGUCAUAGCUUGGAUGUUGAAAAAUAAAGAGCUUCCAAAAUGGGAUCAUCAGAAUUCAAAGGUAUGAUCCCUUGAUGUCAGAUUUUACGAGUGACAUACUGAAUGUUCAUGCAACCGAUUGAUAUAGAAUUUAAAAAAAAAAAAUAAUAAUAUCCCUAAACAGUUUUAUACCAAAAUCGAUCUUGGCUACAUGAACUGCCUGAUUAUCUAAACCUUUUUGGUCUGAUGUUCUUAUUACUCAACAAAUCUGUAGCAAUUUUUAAUCUUAAUUGUUUCUUGGUAA